GGGGACCCGGCGUUGGGUGACGGGCGGGGAGUGGGUGCAGAGCUCGACUGACUCCCUGGCUCGGCCGCCGGCCGCUCCCCCGGGCCGCAGGCACGAUCGGCAGCACCCCCCGGAGCUCUGUCACCAGCCUCGGCGGCGCGGAGAGGGGAUGCGGGCGGCGGAGCGGCGGCGGGCGGCUCUCCGCUGCGGCGGCCGGGCUGUCCGCAGGGCUCCUGCCGGCGGCUGCUGAGCGCGGCGCCGCGGGCAUGCGGCGGCGGUGGGGAGCAGGAGCCGCCGGCAGCGGGGACGCCCCGGCGGGCAGGCUGCCCCUUGAGCGAGACUGAGGGAGGAUGGAGUCACAAAGGACUUUGGCUGACACGUGCGGCGGGGAGGCCGGCGGCCGCGGCUAGGGCCACCCCCCUCUCCUCCCUCCUCCCCUCCCCGCAAUGCUGCGCUCCCGCCGGGCCCCUCAGCACGCUCGACGCACGCCGGCGAUGGAGCCGGCCGGACUCCUCUGACGCCGCGGCCGGACCCAGCAUGGCCUCAGCGGGGACCCCGGCGCAGCGGUGCCCCGGGGCGGAGCGCCCGGCAGCGGGGGGCCGGGCGGAGGCGCCGCGGUGCCGCAGCCUGACCGCGCUCGGCGGGGCGGUGCCGCCGGGCCGCGGGGCCGCGCUCGGCUCCCCCCUGGCGGCCGGGGGGGGCGGCGGCCCGCCGAGCCCCGCCGCGGGACCGGCUGUCGAGGACGGGCAGGGCGGGGGCGCCGCCGCCGGGUCCGCCCGACCCGUCGCCGGCGGCGGCAUCUUCCCCCCGAGGACGGAGAGCUGGCCGCCGGUGGCGCCCAUCCCAGGGGUGACCCCGGGUCCUCUGCUGCCGCCGCUGCUGCUGGCGGGACCCCCCGGCAGAGCGUGCCUGCGGACUGUGCUGGCGGACUCCCGCUUCUUCUUGGUGUGCAUGUGCUUCCUGACCUUCAUCCAGUCCCUCAUGGUCUCCGGCUACCUGAGCAGCGUCAUCACCACCAUCGAGCGGAGGUACAGCCUCAAGAGCUCGGAGUCGGGGCUACUGGUCAGCUGCUUCGACAUCGGGAGCCUGGUGGUGGUGGUCUUCAUCAGCUACUUUGGAGGGCGUGGACGGAGGCCGCUCUGGCUGGCUGUAGGGGGGUUUUUCAUUGCCCUGGGGGCUGCACUCUUCGCGUUACCUCAUUUCAUCUCUCCGCCAUACCAGAUCCAGGAAUUGAACUCCUCAGUCAGUAACGAGGGCUUGUGUGUGACUGGCAAUGGCACCGCCAAAGAGCAGUGGGACUCGCCAGCCUGUGUCAAGGACUCCGGCGGAAACGACCACUCUGUCUAUGUAGCUUUAUUCAUUUGUGCCCAAAUCCUUAUUGGCAUGGGCUCGACACCCAUCUAUACAUUGGGACCAACCUACCUAGACGACAACGUCAAGAAGGAAAACGCCUCGCUUUACCUAGCCAUCAUGUAUGUAAUGGGAGCACUUGGUCCUGCAGCUGGAUACUUGCUAGGAGGACUUCUUAUUGGUUUCUAUGUUGAUCCUAGGACAACUGUUUAUAUUGACCAGAGUGAUCCCCGAUUCAUUGGAAACUGGUGGAGUGGAUUUCUCCUUUGUGCCAUUGCAAUGCUCCUUGUGAUAUUUCCCAUGUUUACGUUUCCAAAAAAGCUCCCUCCUCGACAUAAAAAGAAGAAAAAGAAAAAGAAGAUGAACUCUGAUGUUUCAAGUGAUGAUGAAGUCAUGAAAGAGAAAACAAAUAGCAAAAUGCAAGCAGACAGUGCAGUUCCUGCCUCUAUGGGAUUUGGAAAGAAUGUUAAAGAGCUUCCAAGAGCAGCUGUCAGGAUCUUAAGCAACAUGACAUUCCUUUUUGUGAGUUUGUCAUACACAGCUGAGAGUGCCAUUGUCACAGCUUUUAUUACCUUCAUUCCCAAGUUCAUCGAGUCACAGUUUGGCAUCCCAGCUUCCAAUGCCAGCAUCUACACUGGUGUGAUUAUUGUCCCCAGUGCUGGUGUUGGUAUUGUCCUAGGUGGCUACAUUAUAAAAAAACUGAAACUCGGUGCGAGAGAGUCUGCAAAGUUGGCUAUGAUCUGCAGUGGUGUGUCUCUUCUCUGCUUUUCAACUCUCUUCAUUGUUGGAUGUGAAAGCAUUAAUCUAGGGGGAAUAAAUAUACCUUACACGACUGGUCCCACUCUUGCCAUGGCCCACAGGAAUCUGACUGGGAGCUGUAAUGUUAACUGUGGAUGCAAGAUUCAUGAGUACGAGCCUGUCUGUGGAUCAGAUGGAAUAACAUAUUUUAGUCCUUGCCUAGCUGGCUGCAUCAAUGGUGGAAACCAUAGCACAGGGGUAAGAAAUUACACAGAGUGUGCCUGUGUCCAAAGCCGCCAGGUGAUCACUCCGCCGACAGUGGGCCAGCGCAGUCAGCUCCGGCUGGUGAUUGUCAAAACCUAUCUGAAUGAGAAUGGCUACGCUGUGUCUGGGAAGUGUGAUCGAACGUGCAACACACUUAUCCCCUUCCUGAUCUUUCUCUUCAUUGUUACCCUUAUAACAGCAUGUGCCCAGCCGUCAGCAAUCAUAGUGACACUCAGGUCUGUCGAAGAUGGGGAGAGGCCCUUUGCACUAGGAAUGCAGUUUGUGUUAUUACGGACUCUUGCUUACAUUCCUACUCCCAUUUAUUUUGGGGCUGUUAUUGACACCACGUGCAUGCUUUGGCAACAGGAUUGCGGCGUACAAGGAUCUUGUUGGGAAUACGAUGUCACGUCAUUUCGCUUUGUCUACUUUGGGUUGGCAGCUGCUCUCAAGUUUGUGGGAUUCUUUUUUAUUUUCCUGGCCUGGUAUUCCAUUAAGUGUAAAGAAGAACAAUUGCAGAGACAGAGAUGGAGGGCUUCACCGGUGAACACUGUGAGUGAGAUGGUUGGCCAAGCUGGACCCCAACAAAACUAUGCACGAACUAGAUCCUGCCCUACCUUCAGUUCCCAAGGAGACAUUGGUGUGGCACAAGGAAUGAACUGCAUAGCACAGACAUACCCUGGCCCUUUUUCAGAAGCAAUAAAUUCCUCAAAUGAAAAUGCAUUGGAAGAAGUCACUGCUGAGAUAUAGGCCCCUGGCUUGGUAAUGUAAUAUUUAGUUUUGUUGGUUGACUUAAUUACGGCGCCUUGUAAAACACCUGUGCCUUCUAUUUUUAAUCUAAAUAUGUAACACAUGAUAAAACCAACAAAGCUUAAUGCAAACAACCAUAGUAUAUUCCUGAGGGCUGGAUACCUCAAACCACCCUAAGUUCUUAUCUCUCCCCUCCUGACAACGGAGUUUUAAAAAUUGUGUUUGUACUUAUUUCAGAUGUGUCCAUUAAAUGUCCACGCUCUGAUCUAAUAUUGAUGUAAGGUUGAGGUAUUAUGAACAGCAGAAGUCAGUGGAAGAGUGACAAAACUCAUAUCAUUGAUGUUUAAAUGUCACAAAAAUGCUCACAUGUAUCAUCAGCUUCAUAUCUGCAAACUGUAUUUUUAAGAGAUGAGUAAUUACUGUGAGUUCUGCUACAAAGCACAACUGAACUUGUUGAAACUAUGCAACUUAUUUGGAUAAUUGUAUGUGCAGCAAAUUAAGUUUAAAGUUUGCUUUUAAAGACACUACUGCAACUGAAUUUGAAAGGGACUAUUUUCAGACAUAAACAUUACAUUAAAAAAGAACAUAAGGUUUAAGGUACUGUUAAUAACAUGCUAAGCCAUACAGAAGUUAUGCAUCAGGUAAUGUUUGCUGAUGUCGAGUCAUAAUAUCUUUAUCCUCUCAAAAUGUGCAUUAAUUUUAAUUUGAUGGGCAGCAGUCAUUCUUCAAAAAGUACAUAGGCUAGGGAAGUAUAAUGCUUGGAGUAAAAAACUUCAGUAUUAAUUUACAAUAACAUUAAGAUGUAGGAAUCUUAGACACAUCCUGGAGUGGAUAUCUGCAUAUUUCUGUAAUGCUAUUUGGAUGGCUGUUUCUAGCGCCAAGUCCAUACUUUUUCUGAAGAAAAAAAUAACCCAUUGUAGCUUGAUAGGAAGAGCUUGGCUGUCCUUCAGAAAUGCAUGCCAGUCUAGUUCAGCUUCAGUGAAAAAAUCAGGGAGGGCAAAUGGCCUCAUUCCAUGUCUGAGUAGCCCCCUGGGACCCAGUGGACCCCUGGCAGCCAGUGAUGGCACAGGGUUCAGGCUGACUGCUGCAGGAAGGGGCAGAGAAGCCUUCAAGUGGGCUGCAAGCAGCCUGCCCACCACAGUACUUGAUAUGGGGCUUUUCCCUCCACUCCUGGCCCUGCCAGGGUGCUGUUCUCCCACCACUGAGGACACCUGGGGAGGGGGUGCUGGCUUAGACCUCAGGUUCCUGUCCUUUCUGCCCCAGUUUUGCCUCUCCCACUGGCCAGUGUUGGGUAGACUGGUGGAACAAGUGUGGAGGUCCUAGUUGUAUGGUUUGUCCCACACGUGGCCAACUUUCCACUUGUCUUCUUCAUUGGAAGCUUCUGUGGAAGGCAAAGGGUGAGUCGUCAUUUCUCAUUUGCCCUUCCAGGGGAAGAGCUAAGAAUAGAAGUUGUCUGCAAGCAUGGACCCACAGAACAUGAUGUGGCCUUUGCUUAUUCCAAAUUACUGUAGUAUGUUUUAUCCCCAGGAGAUGCUGAGACUUUCUAAUCAAGUGUACUUGGCAUUUCAUUUCUUGCUCUGGAAGAAAUAGUAGUGCCAUGCUUACUGUGUAUGAGUGGUAUCUCAAAGCACAGAGAAUAAUUUCAGGUGGACGCUAGGAAGCUGAGGCUGUAUUUUGCCCUGUGGGAAAAGUCUUAGAAGUUUAGGAAAUUAAAAGCACUCUUAGGAGUACUCUGUGACAGGUUUGAAUUUUGCCAUGUAGAGAGCAAGUAAGUAGGAAAGAGCAGAACUUCUACCAAUUUUUGAGCAGGGUUAUUCCUGGUUUAAUUUAUAAUAUCAUAGAAUCAUAGGAUACCAAGUUGGAAGGGACAUCAACGAUCAUCUGGUCCAACCUUUCUAGGUAGGAACAGAGUUUAGAGGAGAUGACCCAUCGCCUUGUCAAGCUCAGUCUUUAAAAGUGUCCAGUUCUGGGGAAUCUACCACUUUCCUGGGGAGACUAUACCAAUGUCUGACUGUUCUCAUAGUGAAACAUUUUCUUCUGAUGUCUAAUUGGGAUCUCCCUGGGAGUAACUUGCACCGAUUACCCCUAGUCUAUUCCAUGUGACUCCUUCUAAAAAGGGAGUCUCCAUCUUCUUGAUAGCCACCCUUUAAGUACUGGAACAUGACGAUCAGUUAUUUUCUUGAGACCGAACAAACCCAGUUCUCUCAGCUUUUCCUUGUAUGUCAGGCUGCCCAGUCCUUUGAUCAUCGCUGUGGCCCUUCUCUGGACCCUCUCCAGCCUGUCCACAUUUUUUUUGUAUAGAGGGGACCAGAACUGAAUACAGUAUUGCAGGUGUGGCCUGACAAGGGCUGAAUAGAGCGGGAUGAUGACUUUGUGUUCUUUGUUAGUGAUGCCCUGGUCGAUGCAGCCCAGCAUCCCGUUGCCUUUCUCUGCUGCUGCAGCACACUGAUCACUCAUAUUGAGCUUGUUGUCCAUCAGGAUCCCCAGGUCUCUUUCCAUAGACCUACUCUCCAGCCAGGUGGAUCCUAGUCUGUGCUGCACUGCUGGGUUAUGUUCUUCCAGGUGCAAGACCUUGCCCUUGUUCCCAGAAUUGUUACUUAAUGUAAAUUGAUCAAACAUUAUACAGAACUAAGCCUUUGAAAUUGAAGGCAAUACUGUCCUUGGUAUCCACUGAGUUGUCCUGGGAAGAGUAGAUUUCCUGCUCUUCCUUUGCCUGCUGCCUUACCUCAUUUCCUGGCACUUCUUGACCAGCACAUGGGACUACCCACAAGGUUGGUUCCCCUUCUUGAAAAGAUGGCUGCUUAUUUCAGAAUCUCUCAAUCCAUUUAUGUGGCUUGUAAAGAUUUUCACUUUGUCUGCAAACUCAGAUGUUUCUAUCCCAAAGUACAGUGUAGAGGAAUAUUAUGUAAACCACCUCCUUCUAUUCUGUACACAGUAAUAACUUUUUGGAGGCCAGCAUGUCCUCGAUCAGCGUGCACCACCGGACAUGUUAGCUUCUACAUCCCAAGAAAUAAAUUUCCUUGGUUCAGAGGCA